AUGCAUUCAGAAGCUGUACUGAAAGGAAUUUAAACUCGUGAUAGUCAUAAGAGGACAGAUCAAACGAGAAAAAAACAGACCAAGUAAAAGAAAGCGGCAUAUGCCUUCAGUUAACAGACAGAAUACAGGUCUGAAGGAGAUUUGAGCAGGACCAACCUCACAAAAUGCCCAGAAGAUAUAACCACCUGGACAGCAACCACUUCAGUGGGAAAGGACACGUCUAUUUUGCAAUGGAAGAAGCUCUGGGUAUUGGACUUUUCAUUUUGGUGCUGGCAAUUUUACUUGCCUUUGGCUGCUGGUAUUACAAAAGACGGAGUGGCUACAAAAGUCUGCGGAGCAAAAGCUCUAGUGUGAGCACAAUACGGAACGUGGUAGGUGAGCGAGAAACACUGGACAAAAUGGCUCUGCAGGACUACAGAGACUUUAAUUCUGUGGUACCUGAUGCUCCACCAGCUUAUGACAAAAUUGCUGCAGAUCAGUCACCACCGCCUUAUUCACCAUGAUAACAUGAAAUUUGAAAUCAUAAACAUAUUGAUUCCAUUUACUCAUGCUCACUCUAUUUCCUGUAUAAGCUUAACUUCCUUAAAGCUAAAAUCAUACAAAAGAAAACAACAUGUCUUCAUUAGCAGUUACUGAAAACUAUUCCCGCUUAAUUUACAGAACUGGUCCUUGAAAUGCCUUAAUAAAUCUGAAUGUGCUUUUGUUUUAAGGUUUUCACUUCUUGCAGUCAGAUUAAUACAUUAUGGUCUGGUCAUCUUGAAUCCUUCAUAGGUCUACAUAGAUCUGUAGUCACACAGUAUUUAGUAUCAAUCAGAGUAAAAAGUGACAGCACCUUUGUUUUCAUCUCCCUCAUUUAGUUUACCUUUCUUUAAAAAAAUUAUAAAAAGCCACAGAAAACCAAAACUACAUCAGACACACACACAAAAAAGCCACCAAAAAACAAAACCAAAAAACCCCAAACAACUACUCCUUAGAAUGUGAUGUAAAAAAAUAAAAUUUUUGUGACACAAAAUGAACCAAACCAUUUGAUUAGAUGUCCUCUUACAAACUGUUUUCCUCACUGGCAGUUUUAAAAUCAACUUCCUCACCAGCAGUUUUAAAAUCAACUUCCAAAAAGUGACUACAUUUUACAACACACUUUAACCUCACAUCAUUAGUUAUGUACCUGUAAUGAAUUAAUUCCUUAUAAAACAUGAUCAAUCUAGGCAAAUCGGAGUCUAUAUUAUUUUAUACUGCAAUGGAUAUAAUGACAUCAUCUUUCAUUUCCUUGUGGCAAUCAUGUGAGAGAGCAAAAGAACUUUGUAAAUGUAAAGAUUUACAUGUCAUUUCUUUCUAAUGAUGAAACUGUAUAAGAAAAUGCACAAAACCCAUGUUUCUUGAAGAAUACAGAAGACAGCAGACUCCUAGAUGUUAAUUUUCCAAGCUUGCCAGAACACUAGCCCUAAUAAAAAACUAAGGAUUUUGAUAUGCAAACUGGCUACAUACAUUUGAUGGUUACUGUUUACUCAGCCUUUUUGUUAUUGCUUGCUUGCCAGAUAAUUACUUAAGAUUAUAUGCAAAUCAAUAAAUUUAUACACAAAGCCUGAUUUCUCACAGAAGGAGGCAGCUAGAACAGUGCAACAUUCAUUAAAAUCAAAAGUAGUUACAGAAGAAAACUGAUUUCAUAAAGCAAUUAUUAACUGAUAUUAGUAAAGAAUCUAGUUCUUUGUAAUCAUAUACACAAAUACCAACAUACUAAAACAAAACAAGUUUUCAACACAAGGCAUGGUUACUUGCCUAAACUCCAUUUACACUGACAAAUAAUAAAGAUGGGUUUUUUGAAAUGUUUCUUCUGUAAUAAAAAUGUUUAUAUAGAUUAGUAAAAUUGUUGGAAUGUAAUAAAUAUCAGAAAUUGCUGUGAAAGGUUAUAAUCCAUCCAUAUGUCUUUACAAAUUUAGUUGAUAUAUUUAUUUAGAAACUUAAGAGACAUAUUUUCUAUGUCUCUGUAAAAUAUGACAGCUAAAAAGCUGUCUUACCGGUGUAAUUUCCAAUAUCCACCUGUCAGGAAAAAAAAGGUGGAAUUAUUUAGCAACAGGAAGAAGAAUACAGAGGAAAAAAUGAAAAAUGUCAUCUUAUUACUAGUAAGCACUAGAGAUGUAGAACACAAUGGCUGACUAAUUUUCUUGCAGGACUAGUAAGCUAAAGCUUGUUGCUGAUAUCUUUAGCAACUCAGCACUCGGCAUUUCUCUACUCUAGGGCAGCAUCCUUUCAAAAACUGUAGUACUACAGUGGAAUAGAACUGACAUAUGCAGUCAUUUUCUCAUGUCUGAGAGAAAAAUCAAUUACAAAAUUAAUAGGGAUUAUUCACUAUGAAGAAGUGCUUAGAUUUAAAAAAGCUUUACUUGAUUACACACUAAAAAGUAGUGUCAGAAUUAAAUAUAUUACCAGAUGUUGCAAAAGCAUGAAGAAGUUAACACCGAUGAAGUAGAAAUGAAAUAUUAAUUUCUUCCUGGGACUACGUAAGGCUAAAUUGUUAAAACUCCUCAGCAGCCGGAAGUGGAACAACUAAUUUAUAGAUACUUAAAGGAUAGAUAAGACCUCUUGGAAACGUAUCCUCAGUUUUCAGAAAGUUGUCUCCCUUUUUCUCCUGGUGAAAGUAGUAUUUUUGCUUUAUAGACACAGUUAAGACAGUGGUCUCGGAUUUAAGUGCAUUAAAAGAAGAGCAUGAAAUAGAGCUUCACAGAGCACUCAAACAGUUGUAAACUUCAUUACUCAUGCUGAAUGCCAUUCUAAAUCCCACUUUUCAAAUCUGGCUCUAUACCCAGGGAUGGUACAUGGCAGAGUCUGGCUGCUGAUUCAUUAAACCAAAAAAAAACUGAUACAAGACAGGUCAGACCUUGAAAACAAGAGAUCUGUAAUUGCCAAAGCUGCAUGAUGCAAGAACUGGUACUUUCUGUAUUGCACUCAGUAACACUGCACUUUACCAAAGACUAGUUAAAACAUUCCAGGUAUCUGCUCCUUUAAAGAGAAAUGCACAGAAUUGUUUUAACUACUGUACAUGCAGAACAUGGUAUAGGCUGUUCAACCUUCCUGAAAAGUCUUUCAGAUUAGACAGUUAUAUGACCCCAGCAACUGGUCACCAAAAUUUAGAUUCAUAAUUUCUUUGGUUUGGUCAUGUAUGUAAUAGAGAGCAUGUAAAAGUCAAAGACCUUCCGUUCCUCUGGUUUUUACCCUCUUUGCAAUCAGGCUGCUAUCAGAUGCCUUGUAUUUUGCCUUGUAUUUUACAACUAUAAUUUUGAACAAACAUAUUUGUGCUUAAUUCUUUUCCAUCAAAAAAAGCUAAUGAAGAAAUUCAUGGGCAAUUUGAGUUUUUCCCCAGGAUGCUGAUGAAGAGGUGGCUGGUCACAGCUGAAGAAUGAUGCUCUGCUUGCUGCUUAUCUGCACUAUCAGAGCAGCAGACACACUGUUAUUCCAGCUUAUCUCUACAAGAGGAUCUUAGGAACUUCUCCAUAGCUAUGCAUGGAAUCCUUACGUAGAUGCAGAAAUACUUCAAAAUAGACCC